GGGGACGGUGGUGCGCGGUGGGAGCGACGGGAGAGCUGACUCCUCUGCACGGUGCCCCCAGGGCCACUCGCCUGGUCACGCGCGGUUUAUCCCGAGGAUGGCUGACUUGCAAAGCCUGACUCACGUGGAUGACUUGCAAGUAGGGAAUGCGGGUGCCCCGUGCCCAGGCCCGGCUGAGAGGGGGAAGGGGUCUUGGGAGAAGUUGGUGACAGGGCAGACUGGGGCCCCAGGGUGUCGGUGAGCCCCUGACCGAGAGCAGGGCAGGGUCCCACUCAUACAGGUGUCACCUGCUCCUCGCCUCGCUCCCAGCCUCUGGUCCCUCCCUCCCCAGUGGGACUCGGGCUCCUGAUAUCCAUCUGGGUGAGCCCUGUCCUGCCAGCCAGAGAGACCGGCUGUGCCAGAGGCAAACAAACAACUAUUAGGGUGGAGAGAGGGAGCCGGCAGUGAGCCAGGACAGAGACUGGGAGCUUCGAGGGAGAGAGGCCGACUGCUGCUGUGGCCACCGCUUGUUCUGGGGCAUCCCUCCCUCCCUCCUCCCCACCAUGGCUGUGUACCGCGUGUGUGUGACCACGGGUCCCUACCUGAUGGCGGGGACACUGGACAACAUCUCUGUCACUCUGGUGGGCACCUGUGGCCAGAGCCCUAAACAGCUGCUGGAUCGCCUGGGCAGGGACUUCGCCCCUGGAUCUGUGCAGAAGUACAAGGUGUGCUGCUCCGCGGAGCUGGGCGAGCUCUUGCUGCUGCGUCUACACAAGGAGCGCUAUGCCUUCUUCCCCAAGGACUCAUGGUAUUGCAGCUAUGUCCGUGUCACUGCACCCGAUGGCACCUGUUCCCACUUCCCGUGCUAUCAGUGGAUUGAGGGCUACUGCACCCUAGAGCUGCGCCCAGGAACAGCGAAAACGAUUUGUCAGGACUCCCUUCCCCUCCUUCUGGAUCACAGGACUCGGGAACUCCGGGGCCGACAGGACUGUUACCGCUGGAAAGUCUAUGCCCCUGGCUUCCCUGGCAUUAUAGACGUCAGCAGCUUUGAGGAGAUGGAGACAGACAAGAAAUUUGCCUUGACCAAGAUGACACCUCGGGUGGACCAAGGGGACAGCAGCGGGAAUCGCUACCUGCCUGGCUUCCCCAUGAAAAUUGACCUCCCGUCCCUGCUGCACAUGGAGCCCAAUAUUCGCUACUCGGCAACCAAGACGGCCUCCCUGCUCUUCAACGCCAUCCCCGCGUCCCUGGGCAUGAAGCUCCGUGGGCUGCUGGACCGCAAGGGCUCCUGGAAGAAGCUGGAUGACAUCCGGAAUAUCUUCUGGUGCCACAAGACAGUCACUUCAGAGUAUGUUACAGAGCACUGGUGUGAGGACUCCUUCUUUGGGUACCAGUACUUGAAUGGCGUUAAUCCCGUCAUGCUCCACUGCCUCUCCAGCUUGCCCAGCAAGCUGCCUGUCACCAAUGACAUGGUAGCCCCCUUGCUGGGACCCAACACCUGUCUGCAGACAGAACUAGAGAGGGGGAACAUCUUCCUAGCCGACUAUUGGAUCCUGGCGGAGGCCCCGGUCCACUGCCUCAACGGCCGCCCGCAGUACGUGGCCGCCCCGCUCUGCCUGUUGUGGCUCAACCCGCAGGGGGCGCUGGUGCCCUUGGCCAUCCAGCUCAGCCAGACCCCCGGGCCCGCCAGCCCCAUCUUCCUGCCCACUGAUUCCUACUGGGACUGGCUGCUGGCCAAGACGUGGGUGCGCAACUCGGAGUUCCUGGUGCACGAGAACAACACGCACUUUUUGUGCACGCAUUUGCUGUGCGAGGCCUUCGCCAUGGCCACGCUGCGUCAGUUGCCGCUUUGUCAUCCAGUCUACAAGCUCCUGCUCCCCCACACUCGCUACACGCUGCAGGUGAACACCAUCGCGCGGGCCACGCUGCUCAACCCCGAGGGCCUAGUGGAAAAGGUCACCUCGGUCGGGAGGCAAGGCCUCCUCUACCUCAUUAGCACUGCUCUGGCCCACUUCACCUACACGGAUUUCUGCCUUCCGGACAGCGUGCGGGCCCGCGGUGUCCAGGCCAUCCCCAACUACCAUUACCGGGACGAUGGACUGAGGAUCUGGGCGGCCAUUGAGAGCUUUGUCUCAGAAAUCGUGGGCUACUAUUAUCCCAGCAAUACGUCUGUGCAGCAGGACUCGGAGCUGCAGGCCUGGGUCCGUGAGAUUUUCACUCAUGCAUUCCUACGCCGGGAAAGCUCAGGCUUCCCACACCGGCUGUGCACUCCAGGAGAACUGGUGAAGUUCCUCACUGCAAUCAUCUUCAACUGCUCCGCCCAGCACGCCGCUGUCAACAGUGGGCAGCAUGAUUUUGGGGCCUGGAUGCCCAACACCCCGUCAUCCAUGAGGCAGCCUCCACCCCAGACCAAGGGGACUGCCACCCUGAAGAGUUACCUAGACACCCUCCCAGAAGUGAACGUCACUUGUAACAACCUUCUCCUCUUCUGGUUGGUCAGCCAGGAGCCCAAAGACCAGAGGCCCCUGGGCACCUACCCAGAUGAACACUUCACAGAGGAGGCCCCUCGGCGGAGCAUCACUGCCUUCCAGAUCCGCUUGGCCCAGAUUUCCAGGGAGAUCCAGGAGCGGAACAAGGGCCUGGAGCUGCCCUACACCUACCUGGACCCUCCCCUCAUCGAGAACAGCGUCUCCAUUUGACCCCCUCCUCUUACAGCCCUGGAAGAAAGGCUCCAACAUGAGGACUUGUGGAGGGCCAGCUUGUCAGGGUCCUCCAGGCCUCCCGUCCUUGGUCCCAGUCAACCCAAGCCUUCUCUGCACUUGGGGACCUUUCUUCCCAGGAUGGCUCCAGCCUCACAUGGGCGGCCCCUGAGCCGUGAGGGACCAGUACAGCAGUGUCCAGGCUGAGAAGCCGCUGCCUCCCAUCAAAUGCACAACAGGCCUUUGGAGAGGAAGGAACCCCAUCACCCCAUCACUUCCCUCUACUGUGAAAACCUACCUCCUGGGGCGCCUGGGUGGCUCCGUGGUUGAACAUCUGCCUUCCACUCAGGGCGUGACCCCAGGGUCCUGGGAUUGAGCCCUACAUCGGGCUCCCCACAGGGAGCCUGCUUCUCCCUCUGACUGUGUCUCUGCCUCUCUCUGUGUGUCUCUCAUGAAUAAAUAAAUAAAAUAUUAAAAAAGAAAAGAAAACCUACCUCCUCCCAUUUGGGAGCCCCACAGGGACUCUUGAGCUCUCCCCUCUAGUUCUCCCCUUUCCUCAAACUCUUCCUCUUACCUGGUCACCUCGUUUUUGCUUUGCUCCAAACCUAGGACUAACCAGUCUAACUCCACUUUCUGGGAGAGCCUGGGAAAUGGGCAAAAACAGACGUCUGCCCUGGGUCUGUCCGGUGGUCCCCUUUGACGUCAGCGUCUUUAAGGGGAGGGUUAGGAUCAGAGAGCAGUUUACCUGGACUUAUAGCCGUAGUCCUCAGGGCCAGGCUCCUUGGCCUUCCCAGCCAUCGCCCUGUCCCCUCCCUCCUGUUUUCCUGUCCUUGAGCUCAAUGAAUUUAAUAAAAUCAAACACAUUUGGCUCCCAUUUCA